ACCACUUUGUUGAACGGGAACUCGUUAGAAAGAGACGAUCGUGGAAAAAUCGUUGGAAAAGUGUAAACAGACUAGAAAACAGCGGAAUUAAACUGUUCUGAAGCAUUGUUACUUUGUCACCCGAAUAACGGAAACCGUCGUCGCUUUUCGCCGGUACCGAGGCAUACACAAAACUUCCCAAAGAGGAAUUCUCUCAUUCAGGAUGUCGGAGUGAAACAAAGAGGGUUGAACUUCAUCCUUGUGGCCUUCUCUGAAUGGGAAAGAUGGAAAGGGAAUUACAAUGGUGGAAAGGACAGCUAGCAGAGGAUAUCCAUCAGUCCCUUCGCAUCAAGGAGUUGAAGCUGCCUGUGUACCGGGCCCACUCCCCUCAGAUAGGGAUGCGUCGGUACUUUGCGGACCUGCUGGCCAUACUGUCGAACCGCUACCAGCUGUGUCCUACAGCCAGACACCUGUCUGUCUACCUACUGGACCUGUUCAUGGACCACUACGAUGUAGCCGUCAAACAGCUCUACGUCAUCGCUCUGUCCUGCCUGCUCCUUGCCAGUAAGUUUGAGGAGAGGGAGGAUCGUGUACCUAAGUUGGAGCAGCUCAACUCCCUGGGCUUCAUGUGUUCUCUGAGCCUUGUUCUCAACAAGAGAGACCUCAUCAAGAUGGAGCUGCUGCUGUUGGAGACGUUCAGCUGGAACUUGUGUAUGCCCACCCCGGCCCACUUCAUAGACUACUACCUCCAGGCCUCGGUGCAGGAGGGAGACCUGUACAACGGCUGGCCUCUCUCCUCCCUCUCCAAGACCAAAACCUUUAUGGAAAAGUACACACACUACUUCCUGGAGGUGUCACUGCAAGACCAUGCGUUCCUGAGUUUCCGGCCGUCUCAGGUGGCAGCAGCAUGCGUAGCGGCGUCUCGUAUCUGUCUCCAGAUUUCUCCGAGCUGGACCACGUCUCUACACCUACUGACUGGAUACACCUGGGACCACCUCACACACUGCAUCAAACUCAUGCUGCUUGCCCAUGACAACGAUGUGAAGGAGGCCAACAAACCCAAAUCCACCCCUCCAUUGUCUUGCUCCUCCUCUCUCCAGUCCCACCCUCCUCCCUCCCACCUCUCCCCGGUCCAGAGACCAGCUACCUCCUCCAAUCCCCAGCAACUCCUCUUCCAGCCUGGCCCAGUGGGCUUCCCUCACCUCUCCCAGCACUCCCCCUCCCUGUCCCAGCUCCACGCGCUAGCUGACUCCCAGGCUUUGGGGCCUGCUGUGGUCAACAUGUCCCAGGACAUCCUCCAAAGCCACAGGAUGGGGCUGCUCACUGGGGCCAACACCAUGACCUCCACAGCAGGGACCUUCCCCUCCUAUCCUAGCCUGACUUCGGGGCUGCAGCCUGGGGCUCGGGUGGCACCGCUGGCCUUGCAGGGCCCCAUCUCCAUGCAGGUAGCCUUGGCUGCGGAGCCGCGACACUGCCUCAGCAUGGCCUACAGCGGAGGGUACCUGGGGGGCGUGGGCCCCCACCACACCUUCACGUCAGCGGGCUGCUUCGAUAGGUGACGCCAGGAGACGGAGGAGAGAAUGAACAGCAAACCGCCCCGAGCCAGGGACAGGGAGCGCUCCAAUCCUCUUCCCUCACUACUUCCUCCUCCUCUCCGCUCCCUGGCAGACCUCCUCUCCAUCUCCGUCAGCACCCCGUCCCCCUCCUCGGCCGCCCCCCGCCCUGCGCCCCCCACCCUCAGACAGAGACGGCGAGAAAGACGGCUAAAACACAAGCAAAGGUCAAAGGGCACCGAUGACCCCGUAGAGGUCAUCACACUGACAUGACACCUGAUGUCACUGCGACGUCACUGACUGAUGUUGAACGCUGUGUUCCGAUCACGUCACCGGAACAUGAUUCCAAGGCAAUAGCAUUAACCCACUGUAGAAUGGUCACAGUAUGUCCCUGGUUAAGAUGCUGUUAUCACUGUGAACCAGAGGCUAUGCAGCAUGAUUCCUCCUCAGUGCCUCCUGUGUUUCGACCAGAGUGAUGUCUGUCUGUGAAUUCAGAUGAAGAUGAAGUGCUGCUGGGUCUCUCACUGUAAUCCAAAAAUAUCAACUCAACUGAAGACGAGAAAUAGGCCAGUAAAGUGACAUAUUGAGCUGCUGACUUGGGAACAGUGGUAUGAAGUGUUAUAAGUAGACAUACCAGUGAAUUGAAGAGGCUGUGUCACUUGCUAUGUCAGCCUUAUAUCACUCUUAUGCCAGUGAAUAAAGGGAUUAUGUCACUCGUCACUAAGUGCUCCAGGGACAUUCUGAGAAUUCCUACCCAAAAUCCUCUCUGGCUGGGGAGGGGAGGCCACAGAGUUCAUUGUUCUGUCACAGCAGGGGAAAUCCAUAGUUUUAACAUAGCUGUCAUGUUUUGGCUUUCUCUUCUUUCAUCCUUCUCCCUUCCUCCCUCCUUGUCACCUCUCCUUACAGCAUUUAGUCUCCCUUCCUCCCUCCUUGUCACCUCUCCUUACAGGCUUUAUUCUCCCUUCCUCCCUCCUUGUCACCUCUCCUUACAGCCACCAAGUCUCGUAAUGAGGGUUAAAAAGUGAAGCUUUGUUUCCCACGUCCCUCCACUCAGACUUCAAGUGGAAGUGAACUGACAUGGAAUGCUCAUGAUAAAGGAGACUUGGAAACAUAGAAAUAGAAUGAUUGGCAUUCUAAUUCUAUGCUUAGAACUUUGUUGAAGUAGACAAUGAAAUGCUGCUGCCUUCUAUUAGAAGUGAUGGUUCUGUGUGAGCUGAAGACUUGUUUCCAUGAACCACAGCGUAUAUCAGGGACUUGAUUUAACGGAUUACUUGAAUACGAUGCCAUUGAAACGUGCCGUAGCUUUUUAUUUAUAUUGACACAUUUAUUCGUUAUUGCUUUAUUUUGUAUUCUUUGGUUAAGUAAGUUUAGUUUGAGUUAUUUUUAUACCAGCGUGUAAACAGCCUAUAAACAUUGUUCAUUUGUAAUGUUUUUUUCUGUGCCCUUGUAUAACUGUAUAUUCAGGCUCAGGUUAGGCUGAGCAUAUCCAAUCAGCCGUCUCCUUAUUGCUGAGGUUACCCGAUCAGCUGUCUUCUUACUGUGUCCUAAUGAGUGUGUUUUAAGUAGAUAUUAGCAUGGCACCCAGGAGGGUUUCUCACUUAUCUACCUCUCUGAGGAAGAGGACCUGCAUUUUUAAAUGACAUACUAAGCUAUAUAAACAAACACUAAGUUUGCAUCCUGGUAGAAUCCGUGACCUUGCAGACGAUGAAACACCCAUCUGCAGCUUGUCAUUACUAAUUGCUUCCCACAUUUCCAGCACUGCAUUUCCCAAACUUCUACUUCCUGUUGGAACGUAAACACAUCCAGAUUCCCCUUCUGGGUCUCGCUGGUUACCGUGGCGAUGGCCAAAAAAAUCUAAAUCGGGCUCACUCAGAAGGAGAGUUAGUUGGAACGUUAUAGAAUGUUUAGAUAGAAAUGUGCUAUUUAGAUCAGCUAUGGGUAUCUGUUGUGUAGAGCAGGGAAUAAUGGAAGCUCUAUAAAUCACAUUUCUAUCUGCAACGGUGUAAACUUCUGGUCCUAUUCUCUGUCCGUAUGCUUUUGAAUGUGUAUGUUUUUACUAUGGUUGUACCUUGUCCCCAGCAGUUUUCAGACUUGAACUAUGCUGAUACUACUAAGGCUGUGUUCUGGUUCUUAGAACAUUUUCUAUAUAGGUUUUUAUGUUCUGAUUCUCAAUGUUCUAAGCUUAGAUAUCAGAGAUUUAUUUAAUUGAACGCUGUAUGAAGCUUGCUUAAGCAAGUUAUCUGUCAAGCAUCUGAAAUGUGUCUAAACCUUUUUAUAGCAUGAACAUACCUUACUGUAGUCUAGAUAGUAAUUUACUAGAAAUAGAAUGAAGGGCUUACUAGAGAACUGUAUGUUGUUACUAGCAACCAAAUAUCUUUCUGCCUGAUCUCUUCUGAACUAUGUCAAUCUACCCAGACCCACUCACUGUACGGCCAUCACUACUUUUUAUAGACAAAGGGAUUCUGCCUUUUUUGUUAACUACAGUUUGUUAUUUUACAUUCCUAUUAUUUUAAGUGUAUUUUAUUUACUCCUGUUCUUCCUGUGUUUAAUAAAGAUGGAUGCAGUCGG